AUGUCAGUCCGGAUCCCCUUCACGUCGACUUCCACCAAGCCCGUCAUCGCCGUCGCGUUCUACUCCACCUAUGGCCAUAUCGAGACUCUCGCCGAGGCCAUCAUCGAGGGCGCCAGGUCCGCCGGAGCAGAGGUCAGGCCGUACUUCAUCCGUGAGACCCUGCCCAAGGAGGUCCUCGAUAAGAUGUACGCCGGCUCCUCUCUUUCACCGAAGUACCCUGUCCUCACCCCCAACGACCUCAAGGAGGUAGACGGCCUCAUCCUCGGCGCUCCGACUCGGUACGGCCGGGUACCCGCGCAAGUCUCGGCGUUCUUCGACGAGUGUGGUGGUCUUUGGGCAUCGGGAGGGCUGGUCGGCAAGUUUGCUGCUACCUUUACUUCUUCAGGCGGUCAGCAUGGUGGACAGGAGACUACUGCUUUGACGACCAUGCCGUUCUUUACGCACCUGAUGUACGUCCCCCUCGGCUAUACCCACCCCUACGUCAACGACUACGCCAAGAAUGAGAUCCAUGGUGGCUCUCCAUGGGGCGUCUCGACCGUCGUCGGGUCCACCGGUGAACGUUCUGUGCUUCCCGAGGAGCUCGAGCUCGCGCGUCACCAGGGCAAGUCCUUCGCCGAGACCGUCGGGACAUUCGUCAGGGGUAAGACUGCGUGA